AACUGCGACUCACAACUUAACAAUUUGUCAAUCUAUCACCGCAGUUACUACAUAUCCAAACACAUUGUUAUACAUACAGUUAUAAUAUAUACACAUAUAAGUUCAUAUACAGAUUUCUACAUUUGCACAAAGCCCAGUCGAUGAGGAUAUGAGGUAGAAAAACGUAAAGAGGAAGCAGUACUAGUAGCAAGAUGGCGAUCACGACGACUACGAUGAUGAUAACGAUGAAGCAGAAAUACUCAUGUAUCUUAAUGCUAUUGACCAUUUUCCCUACGAUGAUUCUUGCUGGAGAAAACAACGAUUACUUGGCAUUGAAAAACUUCAUAUUUGCAAACUAUUCCAGUAAAGUUCGACCAAACUGUGAAGCCAAUAAUGGAUCCAUCAAAGUUUUUGUUGACAUCGGACUCCGCCAGAUUUUGGAACUGAAUGAACAAGAGCAAGUCUUAAAUUCCAAUAUCUGGUUACGCUUUCAGUGGAAAGAUUGCAACCUAGCCUGGAAUGUCUCUGAAUACAAUGGAAUUGAAUCAAUUGUCUUGCCAGAAGACAUGAUAUGGAUUCCUGAUAUUUGUCUUUAUGAUAACUCGGAAUACGUAUUGAAAGGCAUCAAAGAAUAUUACAGAGCCAGGGUUUUCCAUGAUGGGUCUGUGAAAUACCACUUCCCGUCAGUUUUGAAAUCUGUGUGCCAGAUCGAUAUAAAACGUUUUCCCUUCGAUCAACAAGUAUGCAAUCUGACGUUUGGAUCGUGGGCCUACACUGAUAACGAAGUGAUGGUGAUGAAUAACAAAACCGACGGAGACAAGAGAUAUUAUGUCAAAAGUAGUGAAUGGAAAUUAGCGGAAUUGUCAAUACAUUCUUACCAAAAACUAUAUUCCUGUUGCAAAUAUACAUUCUCAGAAGUGGUUUUUACCAUUCGACUAUCUCGUAAACCCGCCAUUCAGUUGCUCAAUUUGAUUUAUCCCUGUAUGAUUAUUUCUGGUAUUACGCUCAUCGGAUUCUUCUUGCCACCAGAAUCUGGAGAAAAAGUCUCUGUCAGUGUCACAGUUUUGCUGUCGCUUGCUGUUUUCCAGUUGGUGAUCACCGAAAACUUGCCGCCGAAUUCCGACAGUUUACCCUACCUUGGUUUCUUCUUCAUUGCCAACAUGGUAUUUGUCGGUCUCUGCUGUUCAAUGUCUGUGUUUGUCAUGAAUAUAUUCUACAGCGGUGAAAGAAGUAAACGACUGCCUAGUUGGAUACGGUUCUUAUUUUUGGAAUGUUUGGCAAAACUUCUCUGCUACCCAGUUAAUAAUAAAACGGUAUAUACCAUUUCACAGGACAACACUGCAUACACAGCAGAACUGACGCCCUCUACCGAGAAUUCUUGUAAAGAGUUAUCUCUAAGAUGCAGCAAGGAUUUCUGGAACGGGAACCAUAUGACAGAACGAAGAUAUACGAGCUCUCACCUCAAGCUGAUCAAUCAACUCAGACAUCACAUAAAAGACAGAGAAGAGACAAGAAACUUGUGUAAAGAAUAUGAGAACAUCGCAUUUAUAAUUAAUCGUAUCUUUACGGUGUUUGCUAUUGUUAUCUACAUUAUAUUAUCGAGCGCAUUCAAUUUAAUUGUCUAUACUUAAUUACUGCAAUACAUCAUCUAUCUAUCUAUCUAUCUAUCUAUCUAUCUAUCUAUCUAUCUAUCUAUCUAUCUAUCUAUCUAUUCAGCUAACCAGCAAUUUGUGUGUCUCCUUCGUCUCCUCCUCCUUGUUUCUCUGACUCAAUAUAUAUAUAUGUAACGUAUACAUAUUCACUCAUUUGACAUGUACAAUAUAUAACUAUAUAUGAGUACACACACACACACACACACACACACACACACAUACACACACACACACACACACACACAUAUAUAUAUACAUAUACAGGAGCACUCCGUCGACGACGAGGGUCUCUGCUGAUAUGAUCAACGAAACAGCUUGCUCGUGAAAUUAACGUGUAAGUGACUAAGCACUCUACAGACACGUGUACUUCUAACGUAGUUCUCAGGAAGAUUCAGCAUGACACAGAGUGUGACAAGGCUGGCUCUUUGAAAUACAGGUACAACUCAUUUUUGCCAGCUGAGUGGACUGGAGCAACGUGAAAUAAAGUGUCUUGCUCAAGGACACAACGCAUCGCCGGGAAGUGUCACAAUCUGUGUCAUGCUGAAUUUUCCUAAGAGCUACGCUAAGGGUACGCGUGUCUGUGGAGUGAUUUCACGAGCAAGACGUCCCUUUGAUCGGAUCAACUGGAACACUCGUCAUAAUGACCGACGGAGUGCCAACUAUACAUAUUUACUGCUACUACUACUACUACUACUACUACUACUACUACUACUACUACUACUACUACUACUACUACUACUACUACUACUACUACUACUAGUUUAUAUAGUAGCAGUAAUUAUUAUAAUAUAAUUAUAGAUGCACUACAAACGACCAGUAUUUAGAAAACCACGUUUAUUCCAGUGAUUCCUUUUAUCGUCCGAGUUUUACUUAACUGGAAAGGCUAAAUGUUAUAUACAGAAAAUAAAACACUGUAUGAGAGAUUGCUUAUUAGAAAUUCAUUUACAACUCCAUAACUAAUUAUCUCACGAACAAUCUCUCCUGUUACACACACACAUAUAUAUAU